CUGUGUAAUUUGUCAGUGUUAAGCAGCAACAAACUCAGGCGCUAGAGAAUGCCCGCUCUCUUGUUCUGCUGCUCGCCACUCUCGCAGCGGCCAUCCACCUACCAAGCAGGGCUGAACCCGCCCGGCGGGCUCUGGCAGGGCGACGGCGACGGCUACAAGGCCGGCGACCCGAUCCUCCUAACCACGAGUUCCAGGCGGUACAAGGCGUUCUACUACUGCAACUCGGUCGCCUUCGUGGCCUCCCUGGUGGCCAUCGUCCUGGUCAGGAUGAAGACCUUGCACCACCACAACGCGCUGGAGGCCGCCAUGAUACUGGACCUGUUUGGCCUCAUCGGCGCGUACGCCGCGGGGAGCUGCCGGGACGUGAGCACUUCCAUCUACGCCGUGGCCCUGGCCGGCGCUGUUCUCGUCUACGUUGUGAUCCACGUCGUCUUCUUCACGCUGGGCCACAGCGACGGCGAAGCUUCCGCCGAGAAGGAGGUAAAGGAUGCCGAGUCGGUGAAGAAGCGGCGCAAGCGGCUGCUUCUCUUCGCGAUCUUGGCGGCGACCAUCACUUACCAGGCCGGGCUGACGCCGCCGGGCGGCUUCCUGGCCAAGUACGAUCCAGUAACCGGGAACCACGCCGGCGACCCCGUCCUGCUCAACAACUACCCACGCCGCUACACGGCGUUCUUCUACUGCAACUCGGUGAGCUUCAUGCUGUCCAUCGCGCUCAUCAUCCUGCUCGUGAACCCGAACCUGUACCGGCCGGCCAUCCAGAGCAACGCGCUCUCCGUUUGCACGGCGGCGGGCAUGAUUGGUAUCAUGGGCGCCUACGCCGCCGGCAGCACGCAGCAUCGGAAGACGUCCAUCUACAUCUUCGCGUUGGCGGGGUUCGUCCUCUCCGUGGUCUUCUUACUGGUUGUGCUGUUCUAUGUGAUCGAUCCGGACAAGAAGAACAGAACGGCAGAUGAGCCAACCCAGGAAGGCAGGCCGGCAGAUGAGACAACCCAAGAAGGCAGGGCUGCUGACACCACCGGAAGUUCCAUGGAAGCCGACCCCGAAGCACAAAAAUCCGACGCCCCCAAUGAAAUGGCAGCCGAGCGCGAAGCAGAGACAAAAGAUGUUGAUGAGUACGAAAAGAAGCUACAUGCCAGGCGCAAGUAUCUGAUGCUGCUGGGUAUACUGGUGGCGGGCAUCACCUACCAGGCCGGCCUGGCACCGCCCGGCGGGGUGUGGCAGGCCAACGACGGCGGGCACGAGGCGGGCGACCCGGUGAUGCACGACAACAGGAGGCACCGGUACCUUGCCUUCUUCUACAGCAACUCCGCCUCCUUCGUCGCGUCCGUCGUGGUCAUCGUCCUUCGGCUGCCGGACUCGCUGCACGAGAAGUGGUGGAUGGACUGGUGGCUCGGCGUGAUGAACACGACCAUCGUGCUGGACCUCCUCGGCCUCCUGGUCGCGUACGCGGCCGGCUCCAGCCGGUCGUGGAAGACCUCUGGAUAUGUCUCCGCGCUCGUCAUCGCCGUGCUAGCCUACUUUGUGAUCCAUGUGGUGCUGUCGUGCUUCAUCAGGAUCAGUAAGAGUAGGAAUACUCAGAAUCGGGGCGGCACCUCUCAGCCUAACAAACAGCUCCAGCUUGCUCAAAUUGGUUGAAUCAUGAAUGUACGGUAUGGAGCUGAGAGUGUGUGCAGUUUCGGUGUCUCCCAGUCCCAACCCUAUGUUUUAACAUGCGUCGGCCAAUGCUUUGUCACGUGUUCCAGUGAAUGCUUACAUAGAUAAUGUGAUGAUCGGUUCAUAGGUUAAUAGAAUUAAUAAAAUACUUAUAUCAAUCAAGCACA